GGCGAAGAGGGCGGGGUGAGGGAGGGGUAGUGCCGGGGACCUGGAACUCCGCCCCCGCACACCUGCCAGUCCCCGGUGGCCUCGGGCCCGAGCGUUGGCAGGAGAUGAGAGGCAGCAGCCGCACAGUCGGAAGGAGAUCAACGCCCCCCAGUACCCGUCUCCACCCCAGUUCCUAGGGCCCUUCCUACUACCCGUGCCUCCGAGGGCCGACUGGCAGGAGAACAGGAUCCUCCCCUUCCUUCAGCGGCUCUGGCCCGGACUCUGCUGAGCCCCAGAGGUGCUGGAGGGCGCUCGGGUGCCUUGAUGCCUGCCCAGCAGGAAGAGAGCCGGAGAUGGUCCUUUCCUUCCCUCCUGGCAGGGAUUUCUGCACAGAAGGACCAUUGAGGACUUGGCGUUGUCCGCCAGGCACACCCAGUACCUCCCUCCACUGGUGGGCCAUGUAAGGCUCUGGCCAGAAUUCCCCUUAUAACAACUGGCUGGGCAGUGGGCCUGGGUGGGGCCUGGCAAACACGGCUUCCCUGGGUGCAGGCACAGAUGACUAGGCCCCCACCUGCCUUUAGCCCUCCUACCCCCACGCUCAGAUUUUAAGGGCAUAAGGCUCCAUUGUCCCAGCACUGGUGGGGGUGGCCCCUCAAUUCAGCCUUGUCCUUGGUGGUUGGGAAAUUCCCAGUCAUGGGGGUGGGGGGUGGCGGCAGGCAGGGAAGGGCUGCCCAGGUGUCCUGCACCCCAGCUGGAAGGACUCCAUGAGGUCAGCUCCUAGGGAUCUCCCCCUGUCUGGAGAUGGCCCUGGCUGGACCUUAGCCAUCUCUUAUCCCUAAGAGCAGCUGAGUGAAGUGAGCCAGGGAUUCAAGGCUCCCUGCUCCUGUGUUCCCCAGAACUCUCCAGGCCUGAGAAAUUCCCACACAUGGGCAGCUGCAGUUUUGAGGCCCAGAACCCUUAGCGGGACAGACAGAGCCCGGCAGGGACCCAUGCUCCUGCUCCCAGAACAAGCCUAAACGUCACAGUGUAGGGUGGGCUCUUUCCAGCUGUGGGGACUGCCGUGAGUUUGAUCCACCUUUGAGAAGGCCCGCCCCACUCGAAAUAGUUGCUCAGGCUACUGAUGUGGUGGCAGCCUUGGUAUUUUUAACCCAUUUGGGGAGUGCAGGGAUAGCUGGGGAGAGAGAAAGAGACAAGCUCUGGGGGUCAGAGAGGCCUGAAGACAGGAGGGUGUGGAAAGAUGCUCUGGGGAGGAGCCAGGCAGGCAGGCAGCCUCUCCCCCAUCUCCCCAGGCCCAGAUCCCCAUUUAGCAGGUGGAUGGUGGCCCAUGAUGGCAGGUACAGAAUGAGGAGGAGAGCUUCCCCAGGGUUAGAGCUAGGGCCUCUGAAGCUGCAGGGGCUGCAAGCCUCAGAACCCCUCACCAUGUUCCAGGGCUGCUCCAUGGCUAUGCCUGAAGUCAGGAAAGCCUCCCACUCCCCAUGGGUGCCCUCGGAGUCAUUCCCCCUCCCCCCAAACCCAAAGGGCCAAGUCCACCACCAAGGCUGGAGAACACAUGCUCUGACUCCAACCACCUAGCUGGGGCAUGGUCAGCCAGGUCCUGGCAGCCCUGGGAGUCAGGGAGAGGGUAGGGACAGGACCGUAGCUUCUCACUGAGGUCUGGGUCCAGGCCCACUCCCAAACAGUCCCUGCAUCUACUGCUCUAAAAGAGAUACUAGGGGCCCUCAUCCCUGCCAUGAGGAUCUGCAUUCCCCCACCCCUGUCUCAGGCCCCCAGAAGGGAAGGCAGCCAUCAUCCACCCAGAGAGGGCCUUUAGCCAGCUGGGGUAUGUGUACAGCACUGUGACAGCAAGUGUGUCCAUGCCUGCUGACCAUUCAGCUCCUCAGUCACAUAAUGAUGGACACCAAUGUCCAAGGGUCAAAGCCAUGGACCCCUGUCCCUGGGUUCAGAGCAACUGUUCCUCCCUGCCUUGGUUUCUCCCUUUGCAGGAGACACAGCUGCAGGUGAUAUCGGUUGGGAGAAAAAUCAUAGUUUGACAUCCCCUCCCAACAUCUCUGCUCUCUGACCUCACUGGGUGGAAGGAGCCAAGGCCUGGGGAACUGGGGCAGGGUCAGGGAGGGGCCUGAGGUAUCCCUGCCCCAUUGGUCCCCACCCAGGCUCAGCAGGCCCAGAAAAGUGGAAGACCUUCCUGCAGGAAUGGCAUCUUCUGCUUCCCUGUGCCUGUCCUCUGCCGGGUCCUGGGGGCCCCCAGGUGAUGAUAGCUCCUGCUGCCCUCCCCACACACAGAGAGGAAUCCAGAGCCCUGCAGAGGGGCUUGAACCUGCUGCUAGAGAGCUCUGGGGCUUCACAGAGAAAGCGUGAUGCCCAAGAUGGAUAGAGGAUGAUGAGGAGGAGUUCAGCAGGUGGCAGAGGGAAGGGCCUUCCAACUGGAGACCAAUCCCAAGCAAAGUCCUGGCGAAGACAGAGCUGAUGCAUUCCAGAAAUGGGAUGAGGAGGGUGGUGGUCCAGCUGAGCUGGGGAGGGGUGGUGUGAAUGUUGGGCUUCAGUGCCCUCUCUGAGUCAGGGGAUGGAGGGGUGGGGAAUACAGAAUGGAGGCAUGGGGAAGAGGAGUGGCUGGAAGGCCACAGGGACACAGCCUAGGGGCAGGGUAAAGGGGUCAGGCUUCAAACUGGGAUGGAAGAGGCCACAGUGAAGGGUCUCUCAUGAGGCUCUCGUAGGCCUGGAUGUCUCAGGCUGCCCAGAGCUGAGGAGGCAACAAGAGUGCCCACCUGGGGCGCCCCCACCUUGUGCCAGAUCUGCCCACUGAAAUGCUAUAGGAAAAGUGAAGAGAGGGUCUGAGAGGGUUAGUCUCUCCCAGGGACUGCUGGUGAGCAGCAGUGUCAGGAUUCAGCCCUGCCCCUCCCUGGGCAGCCAACGGGGUGGGGGUGGGGGGGUGAUCCCUGGGACAGGCUCCAGGCACCUCCACCACCUCCGAAGCCUUUCAGAGCCCCCCCAACCAGCACUCCAGGGAGACCCUUUCUCAGCAGAUGAAGGGAAUGCAGACUUUAUGUUAAUGUAUGUUAAUGGCUGUAGAGGGCCUGCCCGAAUCCCCUUUUGCAGCAUUCCUGGCACCCUACUCUCUGGGGCAGGCUCAGGACAGGAAGGCCCUGCCCCCACCCCCACCCCCGCCCCACCCUGCUGGACAAUGAAGAAAACAGAAGUGAGUGAAGAGCUGUGAUGUGGCUGGUUGGGGGGGCUCCCCACUCCCAGAGGGGCUGACCUCAGCCCGAGAGGAAUGUGCAGGAGGCGGAGGGGAGGGGUGGAGUGGGGUUGGUGGAGGGCCGCAACCAGAGGCCCUGGGUUCCUGGUGGCCCCUCCCGCAGCUCCUCCACCUCAGCUCAGACAGGGCUCUCAGAAGGGAAGGGGAGCAGGCAAGGAGAAGAGGGGCUGAUCUUUCCAAAAACGUUGGCUAAGGGUCCUCUGGAGAUGUGGAGACCAGGCUAGAGGUGGGUGGGGGAAGCGCCCAGACAGAUCCUUCCCCAGGAGACCCCCCCAUCCCCAGAGUGGGUAGUAGAGAGUCAGGGAAGUUAGAUCUCAGGUGAUGCCUGGGGGUGACUGGGAACUCUCCAGGGCCUGCUCCCUACCCCUUCACCAACCCUUAGUCCUCAGGGUAGCAUGUCCUGGUGCCCACGUGGCCAGAACAGGGAAAUGUGAUGUGAUGUUGGAGCCACCAGCCUUAAUGGUUAAAGCAGGUGUGAGUGGGAAGCCAAAGGCCCAAUCCAGCAUAGGCUGGGAACUUAGAGAGCUGGUGCAGCCUUCCUCAGAUGGGUGUUCUGCCCCAGCUGCACCGCCCAGAGUCCAAGCAGGGUAUGAGGGGCAGAUCAGCUGGAUGAGGGUUGGGGGGGUGGGGAAUCAGGUUCUGGGGCUUGGUAUAGCAAUUCAGUUAUUUCCAAAAGGAAAAACCAAUAGACUGCCCACGGAUGCCCCGGCAAAAGGUUGCGGUCCAGGAGACUAGGGUGGCUCUAGGGUGGGGUACAGGCAGGAGUAGGGACCCCAGCUGUCUCCUCCUGGUUUGUCCCAUUUUGUUGAGACACAGGCCCAGGCUGCCUAAUUCCAGAAUCCUCAGGGACUUCCACAGCUCCAGUGUGACCCACAGCCAAUGACCCCGUUCCUGGAGUACUGUCUGUAUAAAGGCCCUCACCCAUGGUAUGGCAUACAGUUGCGUGUCAGGGCCUGGACCUGGGACUGGGGAGCAGAAAGGAGACCUCGUAGGGACAGGGACAACCUGCGUUCCCAUAUCUGGGGAAAGACACAUCUAGAGGAGGGAGGGCAGUGUGCAGGGCUCAGGUGGGCCAGGGGAGACUCAGUCCAUCUGGCUGGGGAUUGAGUCCCAGGGGGUUGGAAAGACGGUGGGGGAUCCUGAUCCCAUUUCUCAGUAUAGACUCAGCGCUGGGGUGGUGGUGGUGACUAAACAGAGGCUGGGACCCUGGGCCUGCAGAACUGAAGGAAGUGGGGGCAAGCAGGGGACACAGUAGGGUGGGCAGAAGCUUCAGAAGGCACUUGCUGAUCUUGGCUGCUUGGGUGGAAACUUGUAAACAGCUGAAGAAUUUUGUUUGUUUGCGUGGAGCCAGGCCAGGCGAGGCUGCCCAGGUCCAAGAGACAGCUAGCCUGAAGUAAGGAGAGGCCGCAUCCUGGAAGACCAGAGCUCAGGCAGGAGUGUUUCCCUCUGCUCCCCCUCCUAAAGGCCCCUGGCCCCCCCUGCUGGCCCUUUUCCUGCUCCUCAGAGCCAGGCACCCAGGCCAGCCCAGGAACACCAGGUCCUGAGGUUCUGGACAGAGGGGUGGUUGGGCAUGACCCUGCCCUGGCUGGGUGCAGCAGACUCUUCUGCUCUAGGGGGCUUGAAGUUGAGUCUUCCCCCAGCCCUGUCCCUGCCUGGCUGGAUGGCACCCAGGGGGUGGACAACAGAACUGUGCUCUUUUAAGACAGGGCCUCGCUGAUCCCGAGGAGGGAGCUGUUGAUCUGCCUUGGGGAGGUGGCUGGAGAUGCCUUUUGGGGACAUUUAGGGGUUGAAGCCCUUGCAUGUUCACCCAGGUGGACCUGAGGUCCCACUCUGCCACCAUCAACAUCAGUCUCUCCAAAGAAGUACCCCUCACAGCCCAAAUAGGGUGUGUCCUCCAGAGCCAACUUCAGCACAAGACCCCAGUCCCUUCCCAACUGAAGUGCCAAAGUCCUGUCUGUACAGCCGCCUCUGGUUCCUGGCUCUGUGCUUGGUGGGGGCAAUUUCCCCCACCUUCAGCCUAGGAUGGAGACCUCUCAGUGGGCCCACACCCUGCAGUGCAGAAGUGAGCUCUGCCAGGCCUCUUUCUUGGCCUGCCCCUCUCUGGCCCUCCCUUCUGUCCUCCCCACCCCCCUGCCCCUCCCGCCCUCCCCCCCACCUCUGUGGCUCGGCUGCAGAAGCGCUGAGAAGUGGUCUAAGUGGUGAGGAAGGACUGGAGCUGGGGUCCUGGGGGCCAUCAGCCCUCCAGUUAAGAACCACCCCCUCCUGGGCCCCCAGCUGUCCCAUCCCAUCUCAGCGGCUCCUAGGAGCUGAGGUGGCAGCUGCACCCUAUUACCCCUGCCCUCAGCUCCCCAGCUUCUGAGGGACAGGUGAGGAGCUGGAGUCCCUGGGGCAGCCCCAUACCGGGCUGCACUCUCUUCCUGCUGUGCAGAGCCAUCUGGGGCUGGGGGAUCUCUGUUGCUUCUUUCUCCUUUGCCGUGACCGGCCACCCCUCUUCCGGGACUGCUCGCAGGGCACCCUUCCUUCUUGAGGCCUGGCGGGGGAGGGGUCAUCUCUACUCGACCCUUCCUGUGUGCCCGCUGGCUUCGCUCUACCGUCUCUAGCCAGUCCCGCCUGCCCGGUCACCCGAUCCGCCCCGUAAACUUUAUGGCGUGUGGAGCGGUGGCAGCUGGGCUGGUGUGGGCGGGGGCUACGCCUUAAAGGAGCCGUUGAAGGGUGCCCUGCGGCCCCUAGGCUUCUCCCCUUUCCCGGAGCAGGAAGGGGCUGGUGUGGACGCUGCUGCCGGAGGUCGAGGAUUUCUCUCAGCGUUGCAGACCUCACAGGGCCUGGAAGAGGCAGCGGCAAGUGUCAGCGGAGGGAAGGAGGGAGGUGGAGGUCUUGGCCUGCAAGGGACCCCAGAGCUGGGCAGGGAUGUGGGUGGAGGGAUCUGGGACCUGCCCCAGCAGCUACGCCCCUUGCUAGAUCCUACCCCAGGACCUUGCCCCACCCCAUAGCUCCUUUGCCCGGCACCUGCCGUGGCAGCUUUUAGGAAGGAGGGUGGGCAUUGCAGCCAUCUGAGGGGUCCAGGGAAGGGCUCGGGCUCAGGGAUGGUGAAACCUCAGGAGAGGCUAAGGAAGGGGAGCAGCACAAGGGGAGGGAGAGGCUUAGGGAGACUGGAGGCUCUGAGAUGGGAGGGAGGGGCAGUUUAACUGAGAUGAGGGAUGAGAGACCACCUUGGGCCCUUCGCUUUCCCCACUCAAGGGCUCUCCCCACUCACUCAGUUCCUCUUGGUUCUGAGACCUGACCUCACAGAAUCUCUACCGUGUGGUCAGCCCCUUUCACUCCCUCUGGGGUACAGAGAGGGAGAGGUCAAGUGCGGGCCUCUGGGCUGAGUCAGGCUGUGGCAGCAGCCCCAAGUCAGAGGGAGGCCCAGGCUUCUGGUCAGCCCCAGGGACCCAGGCUCCUGGUCUCCUGGGUAUCAGGUCUCCCUCUGAGAAAUGGGUUUCACCAGCGUCUCAGAGUUGAAGGGAGUGGCUGAUGGUGCUGCAGUUGUAUUUGCUCACCUGCAUGCCUCCAGACAUGCAUACACAUGCAUGCACAUCUGCUUGGCAUGUAUCUGUGUACACACUACGUAACACAACGUACAUGUAUCACACAGUGCACACAGGUAUACACACUACCUAGACAUGCAUGUGCCACACAUGUGAACGUGCACACAUAUUUGCACACCUGUGUACAUACAACACAUACUCACCAAACAGUACGCAUAUACGCAUGCAUACAUGUAUGCAUGUAUACACACUACAUGUGCACGCGCGUGCACAUACAGAUACACAAGGGACACGCAGAAACACAUUCACACUCACAGGCACCCACACCCUGGCCCCAGACCCAAAGGUGCCUGCACAGCUCCUUCCUAGAGGCCUGACCCCCUCCUCUCAGUGUUUUGCUCAUUGCAUUUGGCGCCUCUGCAAUGACCUCACAAUCUAAGCCCUUGUUGGCACUCUGCCACCUCCCUCACGGGGUCCUUGUCUGUGUCCCCCAGUGUCCCCACCCCUAGACCCAGGCUGGCAUGAAGUAAGUGUGCAGUGUUUUUGAAUUAAUGUUUGUGCAUGUGUGUACGGGGAAAGCGUGACUGGGGAGGGUGACGUGGUGGGGCGGGUGCCUGCCUGUGCGGGGGUGACCUCGAGGGUGCGCCCAGUGUGGGUGUGUCUGUGAUUGUGGCCAGGCAGUGCACCCUCCUAGGGGAGGGCUCGGAAGUGGAAUGCGACCCCCCAGCCGCGUGCGCCUAGGGGCUGUAAUCUGAUCCCUGGGGACUCCCCCCUCGCUGCCGACUCCUUCUCUUCCAGAUCCCGGGGCAGAGUCCAGGCGGCUCAAGGCUUCUCCACACAGGCCCGCUGAACCCUGAGUGCCUUGAGCCGCCACCGGGAUGGGGCAGCCUGCGGCCGCCGCCAUGAUCCCAGGCUUGGCCCUGCUCUGGGCCGCGGCACUGGGGGGUGCUGCCCCCAGCCCCCCACGCCUGAGGCUGUCCUUCCAAGAGCUUCAGGCCGGCCAUGGUCUACGGACCUUCCAGCUGGGGCGGACCUGCUGCUAUGAAGCGCUGCUAGUGGAUGAGGAGCGCGGACGCCUGUUUGUGGGUGCUGAGAACCACGUGGCUUCCCUCAGCCUGGACAACAUCAGCAAGCGGGCCAAGAAGACCGAGUGCAUGAACUUCGUGAAGCUGCUGCAUGUCUACAACCACACACACCUGCUGGCCUGCGGCACCGGGGCCUUCCACCCGACCUGUGCAUUUGUGGAGGUGGGCCACCGGCUGGAGGAGCCCAUGCUUCGGUUGGACCUUCGAAGCCUAGAGGACGGCAAGGGGAAGAGUCCUUAUGACCCCAGGCAUCGGGCUGCCUCCGUGCUGGUGGGGGAGGAGCUGUAUUCGGGGGUGGCCGCAGACCUCAUGGGCCGGGACUUUACCAUCUUCCGCAGCCUGGGCCGGCGGCCGAGUCUCCGCACAGAGCCACAUGACUCCCGAUGGCUCAACGAGCCCAAGUUCGUUAAAGUCUUUUGGAUCCCGGAGAGUGAGAACCCAGAUGACGACAAGAUCUACUUCUUCUUCCGUGAGUUGGCGGUGGAGGCGGCUCCGGCACUGGGACGUCUGUCAGUAUCUCGCGUCGGCCAGAUCUGCCGGAACGACGUGGGCGGCCAGCGUAGCCUGGUCAACAAGUGGACGACCUUCCUGAAGGCACGGCUGGUGUGCUCGGUGCCCGGUGUCGAGGGCGACACCCACUUCGACCAGCUCCAGGACGUGUUCCUGCUGCCAUCCCGGGACCGCUGGAGCCCGCUGCUCUACGCCGUCUUCUCAACGUCCAGCGGCGUCUUCCAGGGCUCUGCAGUAUGCGUGUAUAGCAUGAACGACGUGCGUCGGGCUUUCCUGGGACCCUUCGCACAUAAGGAGGGGCCAAUGCACCAGUGGAUGUCUUACCAGGGCCGCGUCCCCUACCCGCGGCCCGGCAUGUGCCCCAGCAAGACCUUUGGCACCUUCAGCUCCACCAAGGACUUCCCUGACGACGUCAUCCAGUUUGCCCGGAACCAUCCCCUCAUGUACAGUUCAGUUCUGCCCAUCGGGAGUCGCCCUCUUUUCCUACAAGUGGGUGCUGGGUACACUUUCACCCAAAUCGUUGCUGACAGAGUAGCAGCUGCUGACGGACAAUAUGAUGUCCUCUUUAUUGGCACAGACACGGGCACAGUGCUGAAGGUAAUCUCUGUCCCCAAAGGCAGCCGUCCUAGCUCUGAGGGGCUGCUAUUGGAGGAGCUGCACGUGUUCGAGGACUCAGCCGCUGUCACCAGCAUGCAGAUCUCCUCCAAGAGGCACCAGCUGUACGUAGCCUCACGGAGCGGGGUGACCCAGAUCGCGCUGCACCGCUGCGCUGCCCAUGGCCGCGCCUGCGUCGAAUGCUGCCUGGCGCGCGACCCCUACUGCGCCUGGGACGGGGCCGCAUGCACGCGCUUCCAGCCCAGCUCCAAGAGGCGGUUCCGGCGGCAAGACGUAAGGAAUGGCGACCCCAGCACGCUCUGCUCCGGAGACUCUUCGCGCCCCACGCUACAGGAGCGGAAGGUGUUCGGCGUGGAGGGCGACAGCGCCUUCCUGGAAUGUGAGCCCCGCUCUCUGCAGGCGCGGGUGAAUUGGACCUUCCAGCGCGCAGGGGAGCCGGCCCAAACCCAGGUGCCAGCGGAAGGACGUGUUCAGCACACCGGGCAGGGGCUGCUGCUGCGCAGGCUGCAGCGCGGGGACUCAGGCGUGUACCUGUGCACCGCGGUCGAGCGCGGCUUUUCUCAGCCGCUGCGUCGCCUGGCGCUGCACGUGCUGAACGCCGGGCAGGCCGAGCGGCUGGCGCGGGUUGAGGAGGCUGCGCCAGCCGCGCCGCAGAGCCCCAAGCUCUGGUACCGAGACUUCCUGCAGCUGGUGGAGCCCGGCGGCGGCGGCGCAAGCUCCCUGCGCAUGUGUCGGCCGCUUCCCGCGCCGCGCCCCCCGCCUCCCGAACCGCGGAGGAAGGGCCGCAAUCGGCGGACGCAUUUCUCGGAGCCGCGUGCUGAUCGGGGCCCGCGCAGUGCCGUGCACUGGUGACCAGGCUGUCCCCAUGCCGGGACUGGACGGGAGAUAACAGGCGGGAGAGGGGAGGACAGACCCUGGGACGCGGAGACGGAGGAGUGGGGCCGGGCAUACAGCAGACCCUGGCGGAUGGAGACACCAGCUGACAGGCCCUGGCCCAGGGGCAGCCGCACUGGCUUAUUUAUUAACAAAUAACCCUUGAAUGUAGCCCCGAGAGGGGCGGCCCAGGCCCAGCGCACAGGUCCGCCUGUCGGGAGGGGCCAGAGAAGUGGGGCUCCAGAGCACCCACCGGGGCCAGAGAGGUGACCGGAGUGCCCACUCUGGGGAAGAGACCCCCACCUGGGGCAACAAGCAGGAAGCUGUGAACGGCCCAGACUGCUGGGGGCAGGGGUGGGGCAGGCCAACUGUACUAAAGUAACACAAUAAACACAUUAUCAGCCGAACCUGGAACGGCAGCAGUGGGCA